AUGACACAAGCACAAGCACAAGCACAAGCACAAGCACAAGCACAAGCACAAGCACAAGCACAAGCACAAGCACAAGCACAAUUACAAUUACAAUUACAAUUACAGCAAAAAUUACCCCAUGCUUUUUUUGAAGUUGAUAGUAAGAGAAGAUCGAUGAAGAAUUAA